GACCCGCUGCAGCUUGAGCCGCGGCUGAGCAGGUUCCGCAGGCACGUGAUCCACCCGUCGCCGACGCUGGAGCAGCAGUUCUUCGUGCUUGCGGAGUACCUUGGGAACACGAGUGUCCGUUCGGUGCACGCGGUGAUCCGCGGCGAGGAGGCAGUUGCGGUGGCAGAUGUGCUGCGACGGUCGCUGGUGACGUUUGGUGGGUCGCUGCGUUCGCCGGCUGUGCGGUACGGGUGCCGACUGCGUUGUGUUCGCGACGAGCCUGCCGCACUGGGACGAUGCAAGCUAGACGUCAAAGACUGCCCAGGAGUUUAUUAG